GCAGCAACAUAAAAAUGUGGUAGCGCACGGAGAGAGCCGAGGCGAAAGUGAAAAGUUGCCACUCUCAUUGAUGGCUGAAAAUGAUGGCGAAGAUGCGCAGCAAAAGGGUAAAUUCGUUGGAAGGAAAAUGAAGCGGCAUGAACGAGCGCAAAGUGCCAGCCAAAGCAAUGUUGAUGAUAACACCGACGACGACGAGGACGAGGACGACGACGACGACGAUGGCAGCAAGAAUAGCAAAAAUCAACAUAGUGAUAACACCAACAACAACAACAACAGGCACCCACAUAAGCGCCAUCCGCAAAAGGAAAGUGAAGUUGUUGCAAACACGUACGCACAAAUGGCAGCAAUUGCAAAGAAUGUUGCAAAGCCAAAAAAUCAACAACAACAGCUACAACAAAAAUAUCAACAAGAAAAUCUUUCUCAGCACAUUGAUGAAGUUGCUGACAGCAAUGGCAGUAGCGGCAGUAGCAACAACAGUGGUGAAGAGGGUUCACAAGCCGAUUACUCAAUAACCUAUUUUGGCAUCUUGGCAAACAGCUCGAAGAAGGAGCGCGAAAAGGCGUUAGUAGUACAAGAACAAGAGGAAGAGCAAGCAGAACUGAGUGAGCUGCUGCCACUGAACACCUCUGAAAAUUCGGCCAAAACAACAGACAGUUUUUCGAAAAUUGCUGACAGCGAUGAUGCGGCUAGAAGCCGUGAACCAGUGCAUGCAACAAGAAAUCAACAGCAACAAAAACAACAGCAGCUGCAACAAAAGCUAGCGGACGCACCAUCGGAUGGGGCUGGUGAAUCCUAUGGCACACAUUUCUCAGCUUUUGAACGCUACAAAGCGCAGCGGCGCAACAGUCGGCGCUACGGGCAUAAAAUGUACAAGAAAAAAUACAAGGAUUACCUGAAUUACGCAACAAUAUCCUCGUUGACAGCCAGAGCGAGGGGGGCAGCAAUGGAGGCAACAACAACAACAAAAGCACCUGAAAUAUCAACAGCAUUGUCGGCUGUGGCAAAUGCAACUGCAACGAGUGCUAAGCACACAAACAACGCGAUACAAGCAAAAUUGACAAAUAGCAGCUACAACGAUUACUAUCGCAAACAGGAGUCAGAGCAAGAGCAGCGAGGGGAGCCGGUUACCUAUGCAACAGCACAAAAGCACGCUGAGAAGUUGAGAAAGUAUGCGAGGAAAAUUGAAGCGGAAAUAUCACGUGGAUUACCAGCAUCGCCAAUAUUUGUUGUCGGCAAUCGAAGUGGUGGUGCUAGUGGCGGAGUUGGUGCAAAUCCAUUCUACGAAGGGCAAAUAAACUACUACCUACAGACAAGAGAUGACGACGACGACACGGAGGAUACAAGAGCGGGUGGCGAAGGCGACAAGUUGGCAGUCGGUGGUGGUGAUGAGGGUAAAGAAAAUGCUGACGCCGCAUUGGUGAGGGAGCGGGAGGAACGCUUGCGGGCGCACGGACGCAGCAUGGAGCGCAUGAUAGCAGCGGACCAUAACAACUGGUAUCGGCGUGUAAGCCCAGUGCUGCGUAACGGUAUUAAAGUCUUGGGCAAUGAAGGUAAAUAUCAGCACGGUCAAACGGCAGGUAGUCAACAAGACGAGCACAAGCAACAAAACCAACCGCCUGAACAGCAGCAACAUGCCGCACCACAACAUCAGCAUCAACAUCAACACCAGCACACGCAUCAUCAUCAACGCAAUCACUUUCUACAGCACCAUCAGCAUCAACAUCAACAGCAACAUCAUCGUCGUCAGCACGCGCACAUGCAUACGCAUGCAAAUAAACAACAGACACAGCACGGUAUUCACUCGCAUCGGCGUGGUGGUGGUGGUGGUAAUCAUCACAAGCAUCGUCAACAUAGUAAACAUUAUCAAUCAACCGACCGACGUCAGCACCAGCAGGAACAGCAAAAGCAACACACAACCGAUUCACAUCAGCACAAAUUGCCGGCAAGCGCACUCGAUCCGCCCUCGCCGCACGCCUCAGCCACACAAGCCGCCGUGGAGCUGGGUAUGGUGCAGACUCCUAUACCGCCGCCGUCAUACAUCAAGCAACAUCAGCAGGAAACUGUCGCGGGUACGGUUGCAGGUACGAGUGGUAGCGGCGCAUUGCAAUUAGGCCAUCAGAUAACCGACUUGGAGGAGUUCGAACGCUAUUACGCCAAAUGGCCACACUUGGCGCGCGUACAGUUCCAGGUCUACGAUGAACAUUACCGCGAAGCCCACCCUGAACUCUAUCCUGAAAUGAAAGGUGGCGUUGACGACGAGAACGCGGAUGCAGAUGAAGACUAUGACGAUGACUACGAGAGCGCUGCAGAGCUGGAGGAGGCACAAAGUGGUCACGAUGAGGACGCCAACUUGCCGCCGUACAUUAAGAAGUACAACCGCCGUAAUAAGCAGCUGCUGAAUCUACUAGAGGGCACACUACCACCGCCGACGCGCCCUCCACCCGCCCUUAUGCGCAGCUGGUCCAGCUCGAUGCUGCAGCCGGGACCGCAUGCGAGCAGCCGCAGUGCGGGUGGCGGCAGCAUUGGUCGAGUACGCAUCGAUGACGAUUACUUGAAAGAGAAACGCAAACGCUAUCACAAUCGUGACAUAAGCAGUGCCGGCGUCAGCAGCAGCAGCAGCAGUGCAAAUGGCAAUGGCAAAGCUAACCGCAAAGACGACCCAAAUCGUUAUGAAGAUUUAUUUGCCCCGCAAAGAGAUGUGCCAGCAACCACCAGCGAGGCCACGCGCCAAGCGCCAGCUGUGUCAGCUAAUAGAGAAGGAGUCUCGGCAGCGCAAAAGUUGCAAAACGACGCAGACGUACUACGCGGUGCGCUCGAAAAGGUAGCGCAAUCAACCAACCAGCUACCAGACGAUGAUGUUAGCAUUUCGAGAGACACAGAGACAGACACGGACAGCGACAUCGCCUCUUACGCCGCCGACGAUGGUGACGUUGACAUUUGGCCAAAGGAAAUCGAAAAUAAAUCGAAUGCAAACAAAUUGGCAGGAAGCGCGCAAAUGACAUGGCAAAUCGAAAAAUUAACAACACCCAAUCCAUUGCACGCGCACCACACCACUGUCGCGCCGAGCUCACCGAAGGCAGCCAUUUUUCGUUUGCCCUCAUAUCCUGCUAUAGCCGGUAGUUUUAUUGGAAAACCGCGUAGUCGUAGCGCGCAAUUCGCACCAAGCGGCGGAAGUCGUGGCAAACUUGCUUUUAUCGCGCCCGCGAGCUAUGACCUUCACGGCAAUCGUUGGAGCAAUAUUUAUGGCAGCGGGGGCGGUGGUGGUGGUGGUGGUGGUGGCGUCGGCAGCAGCAAUGGUCUUGGCAUUAACGGUAAUCACCAUAAAUCUUUGUCUCGCUUCAGCGCUUAUAAACCGAACGUGCAUAAAACGCUAACAGCCGCUGCCGCAUUGAGCGCGACGAGAACCACAGCGCCGCCGCCAUUUAUGUGGCAUGCAGCGGGUGACGGCAUGGGGGGUGGUGGUGCCGACUUGGCCGACACAACCACAGCAACAGCGGUUACGGCAACGCCGAGUAGCGGCAGCAGUGAUGAAGGAGAUGGCAUAGCAAAUGGCGGAGUGGGUCGCACAAUUAGCUCCUUCGUCUAUCAUCGAGUGAUUGAUGCGUCACCGCGUCUGGUGGGCACCGGCGCCACGGGACGCAAGCAACGAUUGCCAUUUGUGGCUAUCACCGAUCGCCGGCUAGAGACUACGAGGAAGGCGCUGCUGGAGCGGCAGAAAGAUUUCGAACAGAAUCACUACCCAAUGCCUUAAAUUCACUGCACUGCAAGGACUGCGGCAGCGAACGUAACUUGGACAUAGACGGAGACGAAGACGAAAACGAAAACGAUACCGAAAACGGGAGGGAGACAGACGCAGCGACGAUGAAAAUAAAAACGAGCACAAGCACUUGGACGAAGACAGAAACGUAAGCGUGAAUCGAAUUAUUGACACAGACGGCGAUUUAAAAGCGAAUGCAGAAGAAAUAGCAAAAAGAGAAAAAGAUAAUAUAAAAAAUAGUAUUAAGAAGUUUAAGUCAGAAAAGUGAAAAAAAUCAUACAGACUUAAAGCGAAGCGGAAUAAAAUGCAGGCAAAUUUCAAUGCACUACCGCAAAAAGCACAAACAGAGCGCGAAAGUAGACACAAACAACAGCUGCUUGUGCAACUCAACACACCACACAGCAAAUGAAGCAAAGUAACUCAAAAAAUUAAAAAAAAAAAAUCUUACGAAAAGGCGUUUUCAUUAAUUCUCGCAACACCCGUUGAAUUGAAUAACUUUUCGUUUAUUAGAAUCAGAAAUUCUACCGAAAACAUUCAAUGCUGCGCGAAAACGAUUUUGUAUAUAAAUUGAUUUUGACUUUUUGAUUGGCAAAUUGAACUUUUUCGAUUUUAUU